AUGGCCACCACAACCUACAACCCUCGUCGACCACCCACAACCAGCCUGGCAUGCCCCAACACCACAAGAACAACACGGCAACACCACGUCACCAGCUUUGGCAAGAAAACGAGUGCCUGCCACAUUGAUGCGACAACGAGGACAGUGACGACGUCGUGUGCCAACCCAGUCAGACAGGGUGAACAAGGGUAUCACUUAGGUAGUGGGACAGUCAAGGUAUUGUCUGGCAGACUAGACAGUCAAAGAACCUCAAGAUUUGGAUCAGAGCCGUUGGUAGGGCUUUGGUAUCCAAAUGAUACGAGAGUUGUCGUUCCACCACCUGUUACUGCUCAAGCUCAGGCUCAGGCUGAGAUUGCAGAGCAUCCCCGCAAGCUUGUCAAGUCCAAGGCUGUCGUUGAGGACAAGGACGACGAAGUCGAGAUUGUCCCCGGCCCCUCAGAUACCAACGUUACGAUGGGUGGGUGUGAUGGCCCCUACGCUAUCACUGCAGCUGAUACUAUGGCUGUGGACAACCUCUUUGGUGACGAAGAAGUCAAGGACGCCACUUCCUCUCCCAAAGAGAAAGGCAAGAAGCACGCUGCCUCUGGUCCCAAGACCCCAGCCAAAUCCAAGCGUGCCGAAACGGUCAGCAUUCCCUACGAUGCUGUUCCAGGCAUGGACACUAACAGUCGCGAAUUUCACAAGGCCCUUGUCAUUGAGCAUGCCAAAGGCAGUUGCGCCGGCGACAAACGCCCUCGUACUGAACCACCCUUUAUCAGUGGCUUAGCAGACCUUCAGUCUCGUCAAAACGAGUCUGCCAACUCCUUGCUCAUCAACAACCCUUUGUACAGGGAGAUCUUAGCGCACACACAUGCGGCUGUUACCAACCGCAUGCCAGCUUAUCCCACCCUUGCUUAUUUCAAGCAGCAAGAGGUCGAUCUUCGUGAACGUGUUCUUCUCAGCAUGCAGUGCCUCGACUUGGAGCUUCGUCUUCGUGAUGUACUUGUCGCUGAUUACGAAAUUGCCCUUGCCCAGAUUGCUGAGCGUGAAGUAACUAAGGAGUAG